UGACUGCAGGAUGGUGUGCCAGUAACAAAUAUGGCGGUGGACAUUCGGUUGGCGAUGGCGCGAAAGCGUGUCUUUUUACCGGUGGAGGUCGGUAAACAUCUGGUAUCACCGGGCGACACUAUCACUACCGACACCGGUUUCAUGAGAGGUCAUGGUACCUACAUGGAAGAUGACAAACUAAUUGCAUCAGUUGCUGGAGCUGUGGAAAGAGUGAACAAGUUGAUAUGUGUCAAGCCACUUCAAACCAGAUAUAACGGGGAAGUUGGGGAUGUCGUUGUGGGCAGAAUCACAGAGGUGCAACAGAAGCGAUGGAAAGUGGAGACCAACUCCAGACUGGACUCGGUACUGCUUCUAUCAUCUGUUAACCUUCCUGGAGGUGAACUGAGAAGAAGAUCUGCAGAGGACGAACUGAUGAUGAGGGAUUAUCUGCAAGAAGGAGACUUGAUCAGUGCAGAGGUACAGGCUGUGUUUGCAGAUGGUGCUCUGUCCUUGCACACCAGGAGUCUGAAGUAUGGCAAGCUGGGCCAGGGAACGUUGGUCCAGGUAUCCCCUUCACUCGUAAAACGCCGCAAGACUCACUUUCAUAACCUGCCCUGUGGAGCUGCCAUCAUCCUGGGGAAUAAUGGCUACAUCUGGAUUUAUCCAUUUACUGAGCAGAAGGACGAUGAGGCAGGAGGAUUUGUGACGAACCUGGAGCCAGUUCCUUUAUCAGACAGAGAGGUGAUCUCACGACUCCGCAAUUGCAUCAUUGCUCUGAAUAUUCACAAGCUGUUGCUGUAUGACACCAGCAUUCUGUAUUGCUAUGAAGCUUCAAUGCAUCAACAGAUCAAAGAUAUUCUGAAGCCGGAAAUAAUGGAAGAAAUAGUGAUGGAGACAAGACAACGUCUAAUUGAUCAGGAGGGAUAAGGGCUUUUUUCACUGUAAUAUUUUGAAUAAAACUUUACAAUAAUCUGG